GGGAAGCGGCCUCCUGCUAAACUGCCUGCUGCUCCUUCGGCCGUGCGAGCUCACGGUGAGCGAGAGCGUCGGCGCCAGCGGGUGAAGACGUGAGAGGCUGUACGAUGCAGAUGGAGUCUCUCUUGCACAGCGGCUAUUUCCACCCUGUGCUUCGUUCCUGGCAGGCAACAGCUGCCGCCUUGGACCCCAGCCAUCUCGUCUACCCCAUCUUUGUCACAGACAGCCCGGAUGCCGUGGAGCCCAUCGCCAGCCUCCCUGGCCAAGCCCGGUAUGGCAUCAACAAACUGGAGGAGAUGCUGCGCCCCCUGGUGGCCGAUGGACUGAAGUGCGUGCUGAUUUUUGGGGUCCCAAGCAAUGCUGUCAAGGACGACCGUGGCUCUGCAGCCGACGCGAAAGACACACCAGUGAUCCAAGCUGUCCAGACGAUCCGCUCUGUGUUCCCUGCGCUAUUGACAGCCUGUGACAUCUGUCUGUGCCCGUACACCUCCCACGGACACUGUGGCAUCCUGCAGCGAGAUGGGACCCUCCAGAAUGAGGCCAGCUGCCAGAGGCUAGCUGAGGUGGCGCUGGCCUACGCCAAGGCAGGCUGCCACAUCGUGGCCCCCUCAGAUAUGAUGGACGGGCGCAUCCGAGCAAUCAAGGAGGCCCUCAUCUCCAACGACCUGGGCAAUAAGGUGUCGGUCAUGAGCUACAGCGCGAAGUUUGCUUCCUGCUUCUACGGCCCUUUCAGGGAUGCAGCCUUGUCCAAGCCUGCGUUUGGAGACCGGCGGUGUUACCAGCUCCCUCCAGGAUCUCGGGGGCUGGCUCUGCGGGCAGUGGACCGGGACGUGCGGGAAGGAGCAGACAUGCUGAUGGUGAAGCCGGGAAUGCCCUACCUUGACCUUGUGCGGGAAGUGAAGGACAAACAUCCCCACCACCCGCUGGCCAUCUACCACGUCUCAGGAGAGUUUGCCAUGCUGUGGCACGGAGCACAAGCUGGGGCCUUUGACCUGAAGGCUGUGGUGAUGGAGGUCAUGGCUGGGUUCAGGCGAGCAGGGGCAGACAUCAUCAUUACGUACUAUGUGCCUCAGCUCCUGCAGUGGCUGAAGGCAGACAGGGCGUGAGGUGUGUAUGCUUUGCUUGGGAAUGAGGAAAGGCAGAAGAAACUCCGGAAGAGGCUGGAAAGCAGUGGAAUGUGUCCAGGGGGCCGUUAGGGGCUCUAGCAUCAUGGCCCUUGUUCAAACUGAUGCCCCUCCCUCUCCCGCCUUUUUUAAAUGCCCCUGAUGGACCAGCCCCUUUUCAAGGAAGGUGCUUAUUGAAUCUUCAGCCUGGGGCUGCAACUUGCAUGCUGUCUUUACUGGGACACUUUUUAAACCUUGGGUGGUUUCUCUAAAGAUCUUGCAGCCAAGAAAUUGUUCGCAUUCUUUGCUACAAGAAAGCCCAGAGCUGCCCACUCCAGCUGUAGUAUUGCUAGUGGCCAGCCGUGACUGUGAAAGCUUCUCUGGUACCCAUAAGGCUACAUACAACCUGUGUAACGCGGAUGCAGUCACAGAAACAGUGCAGUCUAAAUUUUAAAGAGGUGUAAAUCUUUUCCGAUUGCUAUAUUUCCAUGCUGGGAAUGUUGGGGGGUUUUUACAGGUCAUGCAGCUGUUAAGGGUGCAGGAGCCCUGCUGGGGGUGGGGGAAGGGUUUGGGGAGAACCCUGUUUUUAAAUGAUGAGCUCUUUUCAAGUAGGUUAGUAUUUUUAAAAUACGGGUCUGGCUCUUACGGCGUUGAGUAUGAGCUUGAUGCAAGAAUUAGGCAAAGGUCUCACUUCUUUCCACGCUUGGGCCCAGCUUCAUUUGAGUUCUGCAUGUCAGCUUGCCUUUAAAUGCCACUAAAGCAAGACCAGUUUAAAACAAAAGUGGCAAUCCUCUAGUAGUUGGCUUCUCUCACUGGGAAAGACUCAGGUGGGCCCCUUAGCCUGCGCAGGAAGAAAGUCAGGCAUCACCCUGUCUUUAGUGCGCUAGUUCAUCACCACGCCAUGCAGUAGACUGCAACACUGGGGGAGUUGAGACAUUUUGGAUUGCCAGCUGCGCAGGGAAAAACGUGUUCUGGUCUACUACUGUGCUUGGUACAUGGGAAACUGAUGAAGGAUUUCAUGAUGUAAUGUUUGUCUCUAUCACCACUUUUUGUAUCAAACUGCUCAUAAUGGCACAGCAACAGAGUCUGUUAAAAAGGGUGGCAACCCUUUCAAUUUUGACAUGUGAAGUUGGAAGUUUACCAGAUUUACACCUCCUGGGGCCGAAACUUCUAUCCUUGCAUCUUCAUGGUUUUUCCCAAGCCCUCCUCGGCUGCCUGGCUGCCUUCCUUUAAACCAACACUUCAUUUUUGCUGAGGAAAUGAGAAUUCUUGAAGCCCUGCCCUUUGAAGGAGCCAAACUCCAGCCUUCUGGAUAUAGAAUAAAAGUCUUAAUAUUUUCUGAAAAUGAAA